AGAUAGCACACAUUGAAAGAACAGUUAGUACUCCAUGUGGGGAAUUAUAGGUACUCGAUUAAGAGGUUAAAAUGGAACCUUCCUUGCGAAUCCGAAGGGAGACGUUCCUCGCCCUGUUGAUGAUACAUCUGAUAACAGCUGUUGGGUUCCUGCACUACCGCUGCCCGGAUUACUGCCGCUGUGACAGGAGGACGAAGACCGUAACUUGUAAGGAAAACUUAUUUGCCGAGGUUCCCCCGAAUCUUCCCAUCAAUACCAAAACACUCGACCUCCAGGGGCAAAGCUUCACCAACUUGCAAAGGAUAUCUCUCUACCCGAUCCGCACCUUGAGGAAAUUAAAUUUAGCGGACGGCAACAUCCACAGCAUUGCGGACGACGCUCUGAGAAAUACGCCCAAGCUGAAGCGGCUUAACCUGAGCUUCAACUACUUGAACGAGAUCCCUACGGCUGUCUCGGCAGGAAUUUCAAUCAAAGAACUCAUCAUGCCCUACAAUAACAUUCGAUCCCUCCAUUCGGACGACUUUGCCAAUUUGACUCAGCUAGAGAUCCUGGAUCUCGACAAUAACUUCAUCAGUUCCCUACCCUCCGGAGUCUUCAGCCAUUUGAAAAAGUUGGCCAUCCUCUAUCUCUCUAACAAUUCCAUACGUUCCCUCUCCGGUGCCAUAUUUGGAAACCUGUCCAAGUUGGAAGAGCUGCACCUGACGCACAAUCGCAUUCAGGUGGUGUCGAGCGGCUGGCUGAAUAGUGUGCCAAACGCUUGGGUGCUGGAGCUUGGGUUCGCCGUGGAGGAGGGGAAUCACACAGCUGCCGCUAAUCUGCUGACGACCGUCGGCACCGAUGUGUACUUGCAGAACGUGGAGCGCUUAGUUGUCAGUGGAAACGACAUGCUUGAUAUCCCUUGUGAAGACUUUUUGGUAUUUCCAUCCCUGAAACACCUAGACCUCAGUCUGAACUCUUUUACAGACAUUCCGCAGGCAUGUUUCAGCAUGCUCAGCGAACUGGAAACACUUAUACUGAAUAACAACGCAAUCAACGCGCUGAAACAAGGAGCCUUUUACAAUUCCACUAGCAUCUGGACCUUGGACCUUUCAUUUAAUCAUCUCCAGGAACUGCAACCAGGAGCCUUCCUUGGUUCUUACCUUGAGACCCUGGACCUCAGCAGUAACAAAAUCCGUAGACUCAACAACGGGAGCUUCAUUGGCUUGGAACACCUUCCAUACUUAUAUCUAAUGGGGAACAGAAUCGAGAGACUGACUAGAACCAUUCUGAGACCGCUCAAAAACCUGUACAUCCUGGACCUUCGGAUGAACCGCCUGACGCGGGUGUCCAAUCAGUUCUGCAACAUGUCCAGCCUGACGAACUUAGCCCUGACCGGCAACUUAAUCGAGUAUAUUUCACCGGGAGCCUUUCGGGGGUCUGAUAACCUCAGGGGUCUCUUCCUGGACGGCAACCGUAUCCAGACGGUUGCAGAGGAGACCUUUAAUCUGCCCAACCUUGUGGCCGUAAAACUCAACAACAAUCCUUGGCACUGCGACUGCCGGAUGCGAUGGAUCCGAGAGGCAAUGUUUCCGGACAGCAAGCGGCACACAUGGAUGCUCUACACGGACGUCGAAGGAGUAAACUCCUACAUGGGCAUCACCUGCGCCUCGCCAACGUCCUUCGCGAACUUCUCCCUCUUCCGGAUCAAGGAGACAGAAAUCUUCAGGUUGAUUUGUACGAGUUACGUGUCACCCUUGGCGAUCGAGAUCAUCGUGGGUAUCUCCUUUGCCAUCAUCGCCUCUAGCACGCUGUGCUAUGUGGCUAAACUGUACUGCAAGGUCAGGGAGUUGGAAAGGACGGGUGCCGAAACUGCCAAGUCAUUGUCGUAGUAAUCAUCCACCUGUAUGUACAUGUCCUUGGAUCUUUUCCAGUGUAUUGUCAUUACUGAUCACAUGUAGUUACUAAACAUUGGACGUUUCACAGCAAAGAAAAGUUAUCGUUGGUGGAGAAAGCCCUGCCAAACCCACAGAGUGCAAAUGGUACAAGUAGUACACUUUGCACUUUGCGACAAACUUGUAACGGCUUUCAGUUUGCUGAGAGAAAGGACUGUAAAACUGUUAAUUUUGGGGAGGAGGGAGUGUUAUAAAAGCAAGUGAAAUGGCCACCACGAAAAUGAGAAUGGCCCCUCGGUGUCAACCGCAUGUUGACGCCCUUUGUAAUGUAUUGCAGUAAUCGAAAGGCCUAUGUGCCACCCCAUAGGAUCAUCAGGGCCAGGAUUAAGUUUUAAAAGAUCAGUCACAUUACUGUGGAAGACAUUGACUAGUUAUAAAGAUAAUAUAUUAUUUGCAACAAUCUACAACAUACAUCAAAAUUCAAUAAGGGGAGUUUCAACCGUAGAAAAAGGUUAAAAAGCUGCCCCGCCCCUCUGCUAAAAGCCACUGUGUAAAUUGCGUCAAUGAGGCAGCAAACAGAAAAGACCAGUUUGCUUACCCCACGGUACGGCACUAGCACUCCCACAAAAAUCAAAGCUGCUUGGCCUGUAUUGCUUUUCCGCAGCAUUAUAAAUAAACAAUGCGUGGAUGCUUCUUUUGUCGCUGAAUUCUCAAGAUUCGAAACAUUUUAUUGAUUCUGCCAGAGGGAAGGUCUUUGUGAAAUCUGCGCCUCUAUGGUAAAUCGAACUGUGUGAAAUGCUUUCACUAUAGGCCUAUACGCAUGUAAAAGUUUAUUACAAAACAGUCGUUUGAUUGUAAAGCUGUACAUUGACGUCAUCAAAAUGGGCUUGUGCCAGAUGCUCCAGACGGCUUUUGUUUUCCUUCUGGUUUUUUUUAGCAGAGCUUAUUCACUUUUAUUUAUUUUUUUUACGGCUGAAA